GACAGGUGAGGGAAAUAUUACAGGACUAAUGAGGUAACAAUCACAAAGAUUAUUUCGAAUAGUUAAGAUUCAUAAGAUUCUCGUAUGAGACGAAUGAAGUCCUCGGGUACAACGAGUUGAAUACAGGCUUUCUCAUGAUAUCAGCAGAAGCAGACCUUUGCAGACCUACUGGCAUCCACCGAUCAUUUGUCAUUACAUCGGGCUUUAACCAAUCAAAAUCGGGUUUCCGAGAGACCACUGGGAUGCUGGGCGGAUUCGAAUGAGGAAAAACGCGUUAGUUUACUCCUUUGAUAACGAUUCUAUCACAGUAUCCCGACUCUGAACUGUAAGUGUGGUUCGUACUGGGAACGAUGCUGGUUUCACUUUAAGACUAGCAAAUAGCUCUUGCUGUAGGUUUCGAAAUCGCCAUUGUUGGGUUUAGCAGAGUGAUGAGGAGUGGAGAACGGAGCUUCCGGGGUAAAACAGCUAUCUAUAUGAAAUGUACCGAGGUGAUGAGCUCACGAAUCGUAGAGCUUUUGAUUAGAAUCCAUUGUUGUCGGAGAUGAUAACGUUAGAGUUCAGAAACUGAAACGGAGCUGACACACCUGGGAUUUUUUUUUCUAAAGCUGUUCCAGACAUCCAAGCUCGUACGAAAAGCAAUUUUGGAAUACAUCGUGCCAGCAAGAGGAAAUAUUUGCUGAAAUUAUUAAAAGAAGCCAUUUCAGUGGGUGUUAUUUCAUGGGGAUGUGUUCAAGGCAAGAGAGAAUACAAAAAGACGUCGACAUCGUAAUUCAAAGGUGUAAGGCAGAAAAAGACUGCCUUUUCUCUGAUUUCCGAUACACUGACGCCACGUUCACAUUCACCUAUUCAAAGGGAUCCAAAAGGGUUUCCUACUCUGUGCAUGUCUCAGAUGAUUAUCCAGACAACACAUAUGUGUCCAACUCUGAAAAUGACGAUGAAGUUCUAGUCAUGAGAGAUCCCAUUCCCAUUAUUUUCCACAGAAUCGCAACAGAAAUCAGAUUCAGUAAUGAUGCCACCAGCUGCCUCUCCAGCCGAUCAAAGCUUCAGAUUGACAAAAGCCCGUGCCCCUACGCCAUAGAGGAGGACUCUGAGGGGGACAAUGACUCAGAGGAGUUUUACUAUGGUGGUCAGGUGAGUUAUGAUGGGGAGCUCCACAAACACCCGCAGCUUGAGGCCGACCUGGCAGCGGUGAGGGAGGUGUAUGGACAUCACGCAGUGUCUCUCAGGGAAUAUGGCGCCAUUGACGACGUGGACAUCGACUUACACAUAGAUGUCAGUUUCCUGGACGAGGAAAUUGCUCUGGCCUGGGACGUGAUCAGGAUGGAGCCCGUCAUUGUGCGCCUACACUGCUCUCUGACUCAGUACCUGAACGGACCAGUUCCAACUGUGGACGUCUUUCAAGAGUCAAGGAAAGAACGCUUUGGACUCGGACAUCAAUUAAAAAAGAUCAUGCAGACGUUUGUCACUCAGCAGUGGAAGCACCAGGGCAGAGAGAAGCAGAGCUGCCCCCACGGCAAGAAGCCUAGCGAUAAGAAGGUCAAGUCUCCGCUGCACAUCUUCUCAAACCUCCGCAGACACCGGUCUCCGCUGUCUGUCUCUCCGUCUGUCUCUCCGUCGGUCUGCAGGUCUCCUAGCUACCCACCUCCGGGCUGCGUCAAGAGCAAGAAGAAGCUGAAGCCGGAGCAGGAUGGCGUCUCUAAGUCCCACCGCUUGCUGCGCCGCACCUGCUCGGGCUCCGUCAAGUCCAGCGAGGCUGCCGACGGCUGCACGGGCGGAGGCGGAGGGGGCCGCUCCCACCGCCUGCUUGGGCCCUCGCUGUCCAGCGACCCCCGCCUGGAGCACCCUCAUUCCCAGCCCCACCCACACCCCCACCCGCACCCGACGGCCUCCCUCUCCCUCAAGCCCCACCGGCUGCUCACGCGGCCCUGCUCUGCCUCGGACUGCUCCUCACCUCCCCCGCUGCCUCCGCCGCGACCCCACAAACCGCUGCCACGCUCCUGCUCCGGGGACCCGCACGCCGAGCACAGUCUGGGGGAUAGCCCCGGAGGAGGAGGAGGGGGUGGAGGAGCUGGAGGAGGAGGAGGAGGUAUGAGCAGCGCCCUGAAGCCUCACCGGCUGCUGAGCCGCUCGUGCUCGGGGAGCGUGCGCGUGGCCGAGGAGCUGGACGGCCUGCGGCACCACCACCGGCUGCUUAGCCGCUCCUGCUCCAGCAACACGCGCGUAGGCCGCGGCGACCCCUUCGGCAAGGAUACGGCGGCAGCCGGGGACGGGGGAGGCGGAGGGGGAGUAGGGGGCAGGAGGCUCUCGCUCACCUCGGGCCUCAUUGGAAUUCUGGCACCGUCGCUGGCCACCCCACCUGUGCCUCCUAACAAUGUGGCCAAGUCUAUACCAGUGAGGGAUAAAGGCUUCCUGGUUCAGACAAUGGAGUACGCCCAGCAGCGCAUCCCAGUCCUCAAUGAGUUCUGUGUAGUCUGCGACGAGCCGCACGUCUUCCAGAACGGACCCAUGCUCCGGCCCACCGUGUGUGAGAGAGAGCUCUGCGUGUUUGCCUUCCAAACGUUGGGGGUUAUGAACGAAGCCGCUGAUGAGAUUGCCACUGGAGCCCAGGUUGUGGACUUACUGGUGUCCAUGUGUCGCUCUGCACUGGAGUCCCCAAGGAAAGUUGUGAUUUUUGAGCCAUAUCCGUCAGUGGUGGACCCCGAAGACUUCCAGGCCCUGGCCUUUAACCCGCGGAAAAAAGACUACGAUCGAGUGAUGCGAGCCCUUGACAGCCUUACAUCGAUCAGAGAGAUGACCCAGGCUCCUUACCUGGAGAUCAAGAAGCAAAUGGACAAGCACGACCCGCUAGCACACCCGCUGCUGCAGUGGGUGAUAUCCAGUAACAGGUCACAUAUAGUUAAGCUCCCGGUAACCAGACAACUGAAGUUCAUGCAUACUCCACACCAGUUCCUUCUGCUCAGCAGCCCACCUGCCAAAGAGUCCAACUUCAGAGCUGCCAAAAGCCACUUUGGAAGCACUUUUGCUUUCCAUGGAUCUCACAUAGAGAACUGGCACUCCAUUCUGAGGAAUGGUCUGGUUGUGGCAUCCAACACAAAACUCCAGCUCCAUGGCGCCAUCUACGGGAGUGGAAUUUACCUUAGCCCUUUGUCAAGCAUAUCCUUUGGUUACUCAGGGAUGAAUAAAAAACAACAGAAAGUUACAUCAAAGGAUGAAACUUCCACAGGCAGCAAGACGAACAUCAACUUACAGUCACAGAAGAAGGGACAGCAGCCACAGUUCCUGCAAAGCAGAAACCUAAAGUGCAUAGCCUUAUGUGAAGUCAUCACUUCUCCGGAUCUGCACAAACAUGGUGAUAUCUGGGUGGUUCCAAACACAGACCAUGUCUGUACAAGAUUUUUCUUUGUUUAUGAGGAUGGGCAAGUGGGCGACACGAGCAUCAACACACAGGACGCUGGCAUACACAAGGAGAUCCUGCGAGUCAUUGGCAACCAGACGGCCACUGGGUGAAUGAGAACUGGCCCAACGCAAUACUGCUGCCUUGACCCACCCUCCACCGUCUCAAAGCUGGCCAUUUGAGUAGGGGGGAAGCAACAUAGAAAACAACCACAGCAAAUACACAACAAAGAAAAAUAAUUUAAAAAAUAUUUACACUGUUGAGGACAAGUUACACUAUUUAUACCCCGAGGUCACCACAAAUCUUUCCAAGGUUGUAGCCGAUUCCACUUUACUACGUUUAUAAAUAAUGCAAACACACAAAACUGUUUUCUUGGUGAAAUGGUACGUCUCUCAGUUAAACUGACAGGUGAUUAUCUUUUUCUAAUGAAAAUAACAAUAACAUACCUUAGAACAGAUUUGGGUUUUUUGGAAAUUGACAGUAAUUUGGCCUUUUAGGGAGAAGAGGUAAUCGUGUGAUCCUGCAAGGUCCAACUUUGUUUACUUUGGGUAUACGGAGGGUGUUGAUAUGCACUUUAUUUUUCUUAUUGUAGAUCAUUCGCUCCAACGUCAUGAUCUCGAAAUGCCUUUAUUUUGACGUAAUUGUGAGUAUUUACAAUUGUAAAGUAUUUGGGUUUCUUGUAUUCAGACUGUGGGGAAGCACAGGUGGACUUUGUCCUGAGGCUGAAGUGCUCGGCAUAUGCGCGUGCAUAAGUGCUGCUGCCUCCUUGGUUCAUAGAAACAGCAGGUUCAAAGUACCAGUGGGCGAUCUGAUAAGGAGAGUAAUUCUCCCAGUAGGCUACAAAUAUCAGUCAAAUGAAAAGGUUAAAACAAGAGAAAACAAAGCAAAUAAUGCUGUUUAGGGAUUUAGUGCUGUGAUGUCACUACCUGUUGAACUUGUAAAGAAAUUAUGUUUGAGUUGGCUGAACUUCGUUUAGGCUUGACAAAAAAAUACUGUCUGAGGUAAGUUUAAAGUGUAGGAGAAUCAAAAGAAGACAUUUAAUACAGUUUCGGCUUUGUAGAGACUAUUUAUUUGAAUUGAUGCUUAUAAUUCCAUUUUCUGUACAUGAUUUUAAGGUGGAUAAAGCAGUGCAUUUGUUUAUACGCCAUCAUGCUCUUUACAACUCUCUGAGAUGAGACUUCAACUAUCUCCUAAAUUCAUGAUAAAUGACUUUGGCACAUUCAGCACCACUGCACAAUAUUGACCAUUCACUUAAAAGGUAAUUUUUCAUCAAGCAAACCUAAAGAACAUAAGACCUAACAAUGGAUAAGUUAAGCCAUAGCUACCUUCAACAAAUCUUAAACUGCAGAAUACAAUCUCUUGAUACAAGGAUAAAAAUCAUAAUGUCAGUUUUUUUCCACCUCAGCUGAAAAGAGAGCCUUUAGUUCAGUCUGUGAUUACAUUGUGUUCAGGUGGCAGAUAGGCUAAGACAGGAUCAUUCCUUUACCAACAGAUGUAUAAAACUGUGUUUGAACUUGAGAGAUAAUAACAGAAUGGUCACUAAGUAUUUCCUGUUGUUUAUUUUUUUUAUAACAACACAAGUAUACUUGACACGGCGAUAAGACAUCUGAUGUUCGCCUCCAACUACUUUCAAGUCUUAAGAGCAAACUAAUUUUAUACAAACCUGAUGUGUAAUGUAAAUACUAGGGACCUUGAACUUUUGUGGUUUCAGUUGCUUUAAUAAAUGAGCUUAUAUUGCAAUUGUAAUGUAUU